AUGCCUGUUGAACUAUUUGCUAUGUGCCUGUGUUAUUGGAAAAAACGUUUCGACCCAGAUCCAGCCCGCCGAGGCCCGAGUGCCGCCGCUCCCGUACGCCACCACCACCAGCGCCCGCAGAGCGCCCGACCCUCCUCCUCCCCGGCCUCCCUCGCGCAUCGUACGGCAAUCGGCGCCGGCGACUCCCAGGAGCUCAGCGCCAGCGCCAAUGCCCAGUCCUCGAGCUCACCCUGGAGGUUCGAACGCCGCCACGGGACCUCCACCUGCCAGAUCCGGCGCCUCCCUCCCGGACCCGCGCGCCCUCCACCUCCUCUACCCGAUCCGGCGCCGCCCAAUCCGCCGCGACCUCCACCAUGGCGCCCGUCGAGAUCCUGCGCAUCCUCUCCGUCGACGCGCCGUCGUCGCAUGAGGACUUGGACGCCUGGCUCGCUGACACCUCCCCCAAAUCCUACAGGAGGUUCAGAUGUAAUAAUGCAGGUGAAUUUGGGCUUGCCGAAAUAUAGGAGUGUGUUGUGUGCUGCAGCAGGUUUGGAUGCGGCAAUCAAGACCAUGGCUCGGCUUGGGGAGCAUCAAGCAUCGACUGAUGUGAGGAGGCCAAGGACAACAAAGCCUCAUGGGCCAGAGUAUUCAGGAGGACAUCAAUCCAUCCAAACCCAUGGUGUUUGAGGCAGCUUGAAAGAAGGUUUGCUGCAGGGAAGAGAUAGAAAGAGCGAAAUAGAGAAGGCAGGGGCGUGAUCUGUUGUAGUCUAAGAAGACCGUCGCAUGGAUUGAUUGGUUGGGAGGAGAACCGCAACAAGAUAUGCUGCUGAAAAAUCAACAUGGAGUUUGAGUCAGGUUGAUGCAGUGCAUUAACCUCGGCUGAUCUAUCUUGUUCUGAAUUCCACUGGUGGUAACUUCACUCGUAAGUUUUUGCUGCUCAGGUCUUUGACUUUUUUUUGCUGCUCAGAUAUUAGACUUGCGAUUGAAGAACCUGCUGAAGUAUUGAGUGGGCUACUUGUAGCGGAAGACGCAGCAAGCGAUUGAACCCCCACACUCGUAGCGUUGGACCGAUCAAUGAGUAGUUAUGUAGGUUCUUGGUACACUUGCUGCACCUACUGAAGCGUACAAUGGAUAACGACGAUCCAUUUGCAGCGACGGGUGCACAUCGUCGGUGGUCGCAUGGACAACUCCGGCGAUUGCCGCGGUGAUACCAUGCAGAGAGGUGUUAUGAAGAUCGUAGACUGUAUGAAGGAGGCGUACAUGACUAGCUGACUCCUUUUUCCGGUGGCUGUUCAGGUUUGAUCGGAUCAGGGUCAGCAGAUCGGCGGCGGCAUCCCACAGGAUAACUCGACGGGUGUGGCCAUCACAACGACAUCACGGUAUCGUUGGCCAACCUGUUACAUUAUUAAAAUCAGGUAUGUCCCACAAUCUUUUGCUGUGUCUGAUCUGCAUGCUGACGAACGGUGAAUGAUACCAUGACCAGGCGAGGAAGAGCGCGCCAAUGGAUUUUCCUACCCAGGACUUUGUACUGUACUAAUAUUCAGAAAAAUGUUUGUUUGUAUCUCUUUCAGGUCCGUGCUAGCUAUGUGCAAAAGGAUGAUGCCCAUAUGGACUAAAUUUCUCUCUUUUGUAGGUUAAAAAAAUGGUCUUCUAUGGGUUACAAACCAAUGCUUGCUUGCGUACACUCUGGUGCUCCAGUUAAAGAUGAAAAGUUAUAAUGUAAUGUGAUGAGUAACCAUCAGUUGGUGAAUAGAUUCUCUUAUGAAUACUACUAUAUCUCUCUCAUCUCUUAUAUUGAGUGAACGAACAAAGUGUACAAAUGAAGUCACGGUGAGCUGAGCAGAGCAGCUGGUGAUCAGAUGAUUUCGGGUCCCUGCUAGCUAUUUCUGAUUU